AGGAAUCUUUCAAUUUUGUAUGGAUAAGUUAUUCAAUACGGAUUUGAAUCUCCUUAAUUUAGUUAUGAAAUAUCGAGAAUUUCGAGUACUUAAUCCUUGCCAUUUCAAAUCCGAUUAUCCAAAUUAAGCACAUCCAAACAGCCCCUCAAUCCCGAAAUUCACCUAUAAAAUCCGCCAACACAUCAACUAAAUAACUACACUCGCAAACAUGACCGGAAGAAACGCCCUUUCUCGGCUCCCUCUCCGCCUCGAAUCCGGCGCCAGAACCAAUUCCACCGCCGCCCUUGCGGAGAAACUCGCGCCCGAACCACCGCCGAACGCCGACGCCGGCCCCGCCGAUGACGAAUUCGACGGCCGCGUCAACUUCACCGAUACGAAGAAGCUCUUCUCGUCCGUCCCCUCCUCGAAGCUGCUCCGGUCGGUGAUCACGCUCCGCCUCGCCGCGACGCCGCCGGUGGCCGAUUUUGGCAUUUGGGUCAUGAAAUCGAAGCUGAUGGAGGGCCCGCUGUGUAGGAAGGCGAUCCUCGGCGUCACCGAACGGACCUUCUACCGCCAAUUUUGCGCCGGGAAGGAUCUCGCGGCGGCGAACGCCACCGCGCGGGAGCUGUGGGAGACCGGUCUCACGGCGAUGCUUGAUUACGGAUUGGAACACGCUAAGGAUAACGAAUCGUGCGAUGUUAGCAUGGAGGAAUUCCUCCGCACAAUUGAAUCCGCUAAAUCCGUCGAUUCUCCGAUAAGCUUCGUGGUGGUGAAGAUCACGGCGAUCUGCAAAUUCCGCAUACUGAAAAGAGUUAGCGAUCUACUGAGAUGGCAGCACAUGGAUAAAUCGUUGAAUCUGCCGUGGAAGCGAAAAUCGCUGCCUCUCCUCGUCGAUUCCAGCCCGUUCUACCACACCGCGGCGCAGCCGGCGCCGCUAACCGCGGAGGAAGAACGCGAUCUCGACGCCGCCUUCGAGAGGAUGGCGAAGAUUUGCAAAAAAAGCAUCGAGGCGAGCCUCCCGAUCCUGAUCGACGCAGAGGACACGGAGAUCCAGCCGGCGAUCGACUACUUCACGUACUCGGCGGCGGUGGAGUUCACCACCAGCGCGGAGAAGCCGCUGAUCUUCAACACAAUCCAAGCCUACUUGAAGGACUCAAAGGAAAGGCUCCUCCUGGCGAAAACCGCCGCGGACAAAAUGCGCGUGCCGGUGGGGAUCAAGCUCGUGAGAGGCGCUUACAUGGCAUCCGAAAACAAACUAGCUAAUUCUCUCGGAGUCAAAUCCCCAAUUCACGACUCCAUCGAAAACACGCACGCGUGCUACAACGAGUGCGCGGAUUUCAUGCUGGAGCAGAUCAGCCGCGGCUCGGGCUCGCUGGUCCUGGCCACGCACAACAUGGAGUCAGGGAAACUGGCAGCUAAGAAAGCCGUGGAUUAUCGAAUCGAAAAGGAGACCAAGCGCCUCCAUUGCGCUCAGCUGUAUGGAAUGGCGGACGCGCUUUCGUUCGGGAUGAAAAACGCCGGGUUCAGAGUGAGCAAGUACCUGCCCUACGGGCCCGUUGAUCAGAUCAUUCCGUAUCUGCUACGACGGGCAGAGGAAAACAGGGGAAUCCUCUCUGCAUCCUCCUUCGAUAGGUCGCUUAUGAGAGAUGAACUUAUCCGCAGACUAAAGUCGCCCAAGGAGCACUGAAAGAUGCGCAGAUUCCAAAUUCGAUUAAUUAUAGUGAUGAUGAUGAUGACGACGACGAUGACGAAGGAGAUUGCACUGCAAAGAAUUGUAAAAAUAGAUAUUGGAGGGAAGGAGAGUGUUGUUUUCAAUGUUGAAAAAUUUGGAACCCUCUUAAGUUCCAAUAAUAGUCCAGUAUUUCAGGAUAUAGUCCUGGCAAGUUCUUCUCAAUUUUUUUUUUCCUUUUCAAGGGUAUUUGAGUCAUUGUUAAUGAGAUUGUAAAAUUUGUUCUUGGUUCAAUUCAGAUAUCAAAUUUGUGGCAAGAAUUUUACUA